AUGGGGAAAAGGAUUGGAACGCCUUCAACUCCCUAUUAUGUUAAGAGAGGCAAUAGGUCAAGUUUGAGAGAUUUCCACCAAGAGGGUUCUGCUACAAUUUCACAGAAAACAAAACAGUUUCAGUCGGUUGCUGCUAGCUCAGGUAGAGCAGUUGGAGAAAGAAUAGUAUUAGACAUGUGGAAAAGUGCAUCGGGAAAUUGGAACCAAGCUCCGGAGACGAACAAAACUAAGGGUAAAAGAAAAAUGCCUGAUAAAUUAGGCUCACGUUUUGGAUACAUGGCAAGGAAAGUCAGUGAUGCUAAGUCAGUUUUGAGAUUUAUUUAUAAGAAUAUAUUCACUCGCUUUGACACACCAAGAGCAUUCAUUAGUGAUAAAGGUUCCCAAUUCAAAUACAAGCAAGUUAUCAAUGCUUUGCAAAAAUAUGGAGUGAAGUAUCGUAUUGCUACAAUUUAUCAUCCUCAAUCCAACGGUCAAGUAGAAGUCUCCAAUCAGGAAAUUAAGAAAAUCUUGGAGAAGGUUAUGAACCUUUUUAAGAAAGAAUGGUCUUUGCGCCAAGAUGAAGCAUUGUGGGCAUAUAGGACAGCCUACAAAACCCCAUUAAGAAUGUCUUUGUUUCGCCUUGUUUAUGGAAAAGCUUGCCAUUUGCCCAUGGAGCUGGAGCAUAAAACAAUGUGGGCCCCUAAAAGGUUAAAUUUUGACUUUAAUGUUGUUGGCGAGAAGAGAAUGAUGGACUUGAAUAAACUUGAAGUGCUUCGCAAUGAUGCCUAUGAAAGUUCCAGAAUAUACAAAGAAAAGAGCAAGAGAUGGCAUAACAAAUACAUUUUGCCACGACAAUUCCAUGUUGGGCAACUUGUGUUGCUAUUUAAUUCUCGAUUGAAGUUAUUUUCGAGGAAACUAAGGUUUCAUUGGUCAGGGCCAUUCGAAAUUGUUGAAGUUUAUCCUCAUGGAGCCUUGUUAAUCAAGAACUUGGUGGAUGGGAGCACGUUUAAAGUCAAUGGACAACAUUUGAAGCAUUAUUGCAAAGAACAACCUCAACAUAUUGCUUCCAUUUCACUAAGCGAAUUCCCAUCUCUUUAA